UUUGUGUCACGAUAUUAAACCUGCUAUGCUAGCUAGUUAGCGUCUAAACUUUGUUUAUUUAGUGAAAUUUAAAACAACAUAUUAUACAACAUAUCUAAGAUCUAGCGGUAAUCAUAAUAAAAUAACACAGAGGCGCGUAAAUAAACAGCUUUAACCCAUGAACACAUUUGGCUGUUUGUUAUAGGAUUGAAUCAGCUCGUGUAAUAAAUAUUUUUGUAAGCCUGGUUGUUUUUAAGCAUGACCCUUUGCAGUUCUGCCCAGAUGAGACCAAUAAGUUGGAGUGUUUCCUGUCACACCUGGGUAUCAGACCUUUUAAUCACCUCAAGAGAGUAAAUUAAAUAUCUGCCCAAAAUAAUAUAAACUUUUUGCACAAUAUUUGUUUAUGAUUUAUUUAUGGGUUAACUUGUGAUGGACAAAAGUAUGUGAAUACCUGACUGUCACACCCAUGUGUAGUAUUUGUUGACCAUCUUAUUCCAGAUUUAGUCCCCCUUUCCUGUUAUAAUACCCUCCACGCUUCUGGGAAGGUUUAGCACUAGUUUUGGCUCGUGGCACAAAGGCAUUGUCAUGCAUACUUUUUUUGAUUCUGUAAAGCUGUUUUGCGACAAUGAUUGCAACAGUAGUUUCGUGGUUAGCACUGUCGCUUUGCACCACCAGGUGCUGGGUUCGAUUCCUGCCUUGGAUCUGUGUGCAUGGUGUUUGCAUGUUCUCCCCGUGCUUGGUGGGUUUCGUCCAGGUUCCCCUGGUUUCCUCCCACAGCCCAAAGACAUCCAGGUUAGGCCAGUUGGUGUUGCCAAAUAACCCAUAUCGUAUGAAUUUGUUUUUGUGUAUGCGCGCACCCUGCAAUGGAUUGCCAUCCUGUCCAUGGAGUUCCCCGCCUCGUGCCGUUUAGUGGUCAGACCCAUUGAUGGACACUCUGACAUGACCAUCAAACUGCGAUUCAUGCAGUUUCUCUCACGGAUCAACGAUGGAGACAAACUUGAUGUCACAUUUCAAAAGCCCCUAACGCCCCUCGAAUCAGCAUUAAGUGUGCUUGAAUCUAUCUGUACAGAAAAAGAUGUUGCACAAGAUAUACUGGAGCAAGUUCACACCUUGAUCAGGGAAAUGCUUAUUGUUGUUUGCAUAAAGAGCAAGCAAUUUGAAAAAGCUCAGGAGAUGCUGAUUAAACACUUUCCAAAAGGAAUGGACUCAGCUGGCAAGAAAAAGCUGUAUCUAGAUCUGAUAAAAAGGCGAUGCAGCACACAUUCAGUUCUGAACACGAUCUUGUACAGUGAAUUCAAACAGGACAUGCUGGACUUUAUCGAGAAACUUCAUCCCAUUCCAGAGCCUUUUCUAAUUAAGAUGGUCAAGCUCUCGAGACAAGGAAGGACAGCAGACGUUGCAGCUGCACAUAAGCCCCAAGCCAUUAGAACUGUUAACGAGCAGUCACGUACACAGGAAAGAGCAAACGGUGAACAUGCAGCUUUCCUGCACCAUUCUCAAGCCAAUUCACAACAAAAAACACCAACAGAAAAUAACCCAAGGAUUCAAGCUUAUUCUCAGGCUCCCUUGGUAACUGUGCACCUGAACUUGGGCAACUUGAGGGCCGUCUAUCCCAAGCUUGCUGAGCACUUUUCUGUCUCUGUCCCCUUCACUCAGCUAGAGGAUGAGGUGGAGUGUGAGGCACAGCAGGAGAAUGACAUCGAUCAUAACAUGGAUCUAUGUCUUAAACUUGCAGAGACUCCUUUGUUGGAGUGUUCUGAAGAAAAUGAGCAGGAGUGUUUGUCAGCGGGUGAAGUGAGACCCUCUGAUGAGAAAUUGCAGCCAGAGCAGCAAAGCCUCGAGCACAGCACUUCUGUGCAGUCUGAUGCUGCUAGUCAAGAUAAAGUGACGCUGAAAAACAGCACUCAAAAUGAAGAGACACUCACAAACAGCACAAAUCAACCUGCGGAACUGGAACAAGGAAGUUUAGAUGACACACCUUCACUAGGAGAAUCACCAGUUCGUUCAUCUGCUGAGAAAGUGACAGCUGCUCGUGUGUGUACAGUGAGUGUCGCACGGUUAGUGAUGGAUGACGACAGUGUGCUAAGUGAUCUAGAAGCCUCAGAUUCUCAAAAGACUUCUAGUCCAGUGCAGGGUAACGCUAACACAGAAGAUCCACUCAGCUCGCUGUCUGUCAGCCCGGCUCCUGUUCGGAAAUAUCGCGGAAGAGCUUCUCACAGGAAGAGUAAUCGCACUAAGCUUGACCAGCCUCAGAAAUGUUCCACCCCCAGCAAAGAUGGAAACAGCUCUUCUCCUGCCCAACACACACCUAAUAAGGAAUGUCAGAAACUAGCAUCAAACAGCCCACACGCAAAGACAGAUGGACAGAGUGAAGAAACUAUAGAAAACAUUGUUGAUGAUUCUCCACCAUCAGCAAAACGGCCUGGAACCUCCCUUAAGCGGAGGAAUUGGAUGGAUUUGUCUGGAGCCCAGGAAGAGUGGAGUGAUGAGGAGUCACUGUUCUCUGCAUCCACUAAAAAACAUAAAGGUCAAAGCUCAAUGGACAGCGGUUCCAAAAGAAAGAAGUGGACUGUUGAAGAGUCUGAAUGGGUGAAACAAGGAGUGGCUCUUUACGGCGAGGGACGAUGGGAGAGGAUUAAAAGCGCAUUCCCUUUUAAAGGCCGCACGGCAGUCAAUAUCAAAGACCGCUGGCGCACCAUGAAAAAAUCUAAAGCGGGUUAGAAGGAAAACAUACAAGUAAAACACAUUAAGAGAGAUUUUUGUACAUAUAUUCACUGUCUAUUUUAUUGGUAUCACCUGCCACAAUAAUAUAUAACCAGCCAUCAUGUGACAGCAGCACGGUGCACAAAAUCCUGCAGAUACAACGCAAGAUUUUGAACGUUAAUUGAAGCCCUCGUAUCUGUACUCUUGUGCUGCUGCCGCCAUAUAAAGUGUUCAGUUGUUUCUAAUAAAGUGGGCAGUGAGUGUUUAUCCAAGAAAGUAAUUUAUAAUUUCAGAAGUUUUGAACUCGGUUCAAGUGGCGCAGUGGUAAAAAUGCUUGCCCUAUCACCCGGGAAUCGCUGGUUCGAUUUCCGGGUGAUGCUGUAGCCUCUUGCAGCUGAGGGUCUGAUUUAAGAAAAAGAAAAAAAAAAUGCUUGGACUCAUUUAACACAUUUUGUGACAUUUCUUUUGAAUUCUUUUGCAUAGCAUCAAGUUCGAAAAAGACGUAAUAAACAUCAAAGAGCAGAAAA